AUGGCGGCUGCUACUACCACUCGCACACUCAGCAAAGCCCUCCAACGAAGUACGGCUUCAGCGGCCUCUUUAACUCGUGUCGCGGCUCGCCCUGCAAGAGCCAAUGCCACAAAACAGUUCUUUCAACAAUCUUCCCGUCGUCAUUACUCCUCCGGACCAGCCCCAUCGAGGUCAAAUCUCCCCUGGAUCGUUGGUGCCACCGCAGCUGCAGGGCUUCUAAGUGGGGGGCUUUACGCCUACAGCUCGCAAGAAUCAGUCCCAGAAACUCACUUGAAGCAAGGAAGCGGAGGACAGUCAGCUGGCGUAUUCAAGCCUACAGUUGAGGACUAUCAGAAAGUUUACGAUGCCGUUGCAAAACUUCUGUGGGAACAUGACGAGUACGAAGAUGGAUCAUAUGGCCCGAUAGUGCUCCGCCUUGCAUGGCACUCAUCUGGAACAUACGACAAAGAAACGAAGACCGGUGGCAGCAAUGGGGCAACGAUGCGAUUUUCCGCAGAAGGCGGACACAGCGCCAACAAUGGGCUCAAAAUCGCCCGCGAUUUCCUGGAACCAAUCAAAGCACAAUUUCCAUGGAUUUCUUAUGGCGAUCUAUGGACUCUGGCUGGCUGUGUGGCUAUUCAGGAAAUGCAAGGACCAACUAUGCCCUGGAGACCGGGCCGGCAAGACCAAGAUGCCUCGUUCUGUACUCCGGAUGGUCGCUUGCCCGAUGGUUCCAAAGGACAGGACCACGUCCGCGCGAUCUUCGGUAGGAUGGGAUUUAAUGACCAGGAAAUGGUUGCAUUGUCAGGCGCUCACGCUCUUGGUCGCUGCCAUCACGACCGCUCGGGCUUCGAAGGACCGUGGACGUUCUCUCCAACAGUCAUGACAAACGACUACUACCGUCUUUUACUCGAGGAGAAAUGGGGAUGGAAAAGCUGGAGUGGACCGAAGCAAUAUGAAGACAAGACCACCAAGUCUCUAGUUAUGUUGCCCACCGAUAUGGCACUCAUCAAGGACCCCAUCUUCCUGGAGCACGUCGAGCGGUACGCCAAGGACAACGAUGUGUUCUUCAAGGAGUUCGCCGAUGCUGCUGUCAAGUUGUUCGAGCUGGGUGUGCCAUUCGAAAGCAAGCCCGAGGAUCGAUUUGUAUUCAAGCCACAAGUCGAUUCUGCAUAG